GUUUCAAGUUGCAUAGGACCAUACAUGUAGGUAGUACAAGCCAAACUUACUGUAACUACCGUAACAAUCUCCUUACACUACCGGGUAGGUACUACUAGUAGUACUGUACAACACAAAGGUAUUGUCCGCAUUGUCGCAUUGUCCUCGAUAGCCAUAUAUAUCAAUCUAAUCUACCUACUACCUUCAAUUUGACCUUCCCUUCUCUCCUCCCCUCUCAUCAACCAAACUCCAUAUUCUACUCUUCAUUGAACGAACUCGUAAACGAACAUACAACUCCCCAAAACUAGUCUAUAGCAAAACAAAACAUCACCACCACCACCAGCAACAAUGUCUGCUCUCAAGGCUGGAGAUAGCUUCCCCGACGGUGUCACCUUCACCUAUGUCCCAUACAACCCAGACCAAGGGUCCGUAACAGCCUGCGGUAUUCCUAUCAAGUAUGAUGCUAGCAAAGAAUUCAAGGAGAAGAAGGUAGUCGUCGUCUCUGUUCCCGGCGCCUUCACACCCACAUGCCAGAACACACACAUCCAGGGCUACAUCGAGAAGCUGCCGCAGCUCAAGGCCGCCGGUGUUGACCAGGUCCUUGUCAUUGCCUAUAACGACGCCUUCGUCAUGUCUGCUUGGGCCAAGGCCAACGGUGUCAAGGAUGAGAUUAUCUUUGCCUCCGACGACGGCGCCCCCUUCAGCACAAGCAUCGGCUGGACUCUCGGCGCCCGCACUGCGCGUUACGCCAUCGUCGUCGAUCACGGCAAGGUUAUCUACGCCGAGAAGGAGCCCGCCAAGGACGUUACUGUCUCUGGUGUUGACGCUGUCCUCGCCAAGCUAUAAUUGCCUUUCCUCCCUAGCCAUCUCCCUGUCUAUUACAUAUGAAUCCCCCCCAUAACUUGUAACUCUACCCCAUCCUAUACUGCACUAGCAAAGCCAUUUGUUCUCCUAUAGAGGUGGAAAAAUCAAUUCAAGAAAAUUGAGCAUUUAUUUUAUGUUAGGCAUCAUUGUUAUUAGACGGCGGUGACGUGAAAGAUGUGAAUUGGGGAAGUAUUGGACAGGGCAGGCAGAGGCCGGGAAGAGAGUCUCCCUCUCUCCACCUCGAUAGAUAUGUAGAUGAUCAUAUAGCUCAGCUAGCUAUGUAGCCUAGGUAUCCAAGCAAAUAACUCCUUGCCAAUACCCACUGAGUAUAGAUAGUUCCUUUAGAACCAAUGCGAUCUAUCAAGACUUCUCCCUCC